AUGUUCUACCCUUCUUAUGUCACCCUUGCUAUUGCUGCACUCAUUUCUGUGCAAUCUGCCCUGGCCGCUCCUAUGCCGAUGCAGGCUAAGAUCGCAGAUGGUGAACACAAAGGCAAGAUUGAAGAAACAAUGCCGGUCGUCAACCAAAAGCUCAAGAACAUGAAGGCCGUCAUCAACUUGCCUGACGCUCAAGCCAAGGCCCAUCCAGCCACUGUCAAGGCCUUCGGCAAGAACGCAAACGUCGCUGAGAUUAGGAAGAAGAUUGACAACAUGGACAAUUCCAAGAUCAUGAUUCCCUCAUCCGACCCUGAGCCUGGCCUCACUCAAGGAGGAACCUGGCCCAACGGUCACAUCAAGUUUGGAUCCGCCUUUUAUUCGUCGGAUGCAAAUACGCGUGCUGGAACAAUUCUCCAUGAAGCCGCCCAUGCGAAGAACGGAGCUGUCGAUCACUUCAAGGCAGAUGGUACCCCUGGUAAGAAGGGAGACCCCAUUGUUGGAUAUAAGGACAGUCAUAUGGACAUCCUGAAUGCAAAGCACUCCGAUCAGACGCACCACAACGCAGACGCAUACCGCGUUUUCGGUGACGAAUGUCCCCACGUCGCCAGAAGAGCACUGGAGGAGUCUCAUCCUGUUGUCAGGCGUGCAUUGCUUCGCCGCGCUGCUAAAGCGUGCGCAUGGAAGCCUAAGUCCAAGGGCCCUGCCGCGAAGUCCAAUGCAAAGGUAGCUGCUAACACCAAGUCCCAUGGUUCUCAGAAGUCGGUCGACGCCAAGAAGCCACUCAAAGCCGGGAAGGCGACAAAGGCCGCCCAUGCCAACAAGGCUGCCGCGAAGUCUGUCCAGCACGCUUCGAAGUCGGCUGCACACGCCGAAAAGAAGCCCGCCGCCGCCAAAGCUCACAAGGCUAAUGCCCCCAAAGUCCACAAGGCCUCCGUUGCCAAAGCUCACAAGGUCGCUCAUGUCAAAGCUGCCACCAAAGCUCACAAGGCCGCCCCCGCCAAGGCCGCCGCUGUGAAGAAGCCCGUUGUCGCCAAAGCCCACAAGGCCGCCGCCCCCGCCAAAGCUCCUGCGAAGGCUCACGCCAAGGCUGCCGUCAAGGGAAAGAAGAAGUAG